AUGAAUGUUUCCAAACAAAUGGAAUUUCUAGAUCUAGAAAAAAAUCUUUUAUCAGGGGAAAUAGCUGAUUGUUGGAUGAUGUGGCAAAGAUUGUCGGCCUUAAAUUUAGGAAACAAUAAUUUCACUGGUAGUAUUCCAGCAUCCAUUGGAUCUUUGAUUGAUCUUAGGUAUUUACACCUAUAUGACAACAAAUUCUCUGGAAAAUUACCAUCCUCUUUGAAAAAUUGUAAAAAGCCGGUAACCAUUGAUAUUGGUGAAAAUGAAUUUGUUGGAAGCAUACCUUCAUGGAUAGGACAACUUUCAAAAUCGAUGAUUCUCAGCCUUCGCUCAAAUAAUUUAUAUGGUCUUAUGCCAAAAGAAGUUUGUGCUCUGACUUCACUCCAAAUCUUGGACCUUUCACAUAAUAAGCUAUUUGGAGGCAUACCUAUAUGUGUUACGAAUUUCAGUGCCAUGACUACAACUAACAAUUCAAAACAUGCUAUUUAUUCAUAUGGCUUCUCAAUAGGAUAUGCAGAACAUGAGCAAUUUGAAAGUGCAUUGCUUGUGAUGAAGGGGCGAGUUGUUGAGUAUGGCACCAUUCUUGGGCUAGUAAAAAGUAUAGAUCUUUCAAAGAACAAUUUCUCUGGAGAGAUCCCUAAUGAAGUGACUAGUCUCCAAGGAUUACAGUCAUUGAAUUUGUCAUUUAAUAUCUUUAUUGGAAGGAUUCCUGAGAGUAUAGUUGGCAAAAUUCCUUCAAGCACUCAGCUUCAAAGCCUUAAUGCUUCUAGUUUUAUUGGAAACGAACUUUGUGGACCUCCACUUAUUGAUAAUUGUACUUUAAAUGAUGUAAACCCCAACAUUGAAAACAAAGGUGGCGAAGAAACAGGUGGUCUUAAAGUGGAUUGGUUCUACAGCCAAUCCUCUGACUUUCUGGUUCCUGUGGACAUCUCCGGCGUUCUUUCGCUGCCCUCGCCUUCAUCCAGUAGCCACUGUCAGAAGCGAGUCACCGCCGUCACGCCCACAGUCCCAGCAAAUCUCGGAUUUCAUUGUUCUGCUCAUCCAACUGUCAAAGCAAAGGCAUUGAGUGACAGAACAGACAAUCCCGAGCAAAACCCAACCAAGAACGGCCAGAAAAAACUUCACACGCGCCUCCACGCGCCGCCUGAAGUUUCUGCCUCACGAGCACGCGCUCCACGCACCGCCACGUGCCGCCACGCUCACUCACGCGCCAUACACUAA